ACUCGCUUUAUAAAAAAUAUUUUAUUGUUUGUUUAUUGUCAGAACUAUAGUAUAGCUUGGUUAUUUUAUUAAACUAUAUAUAGGUAUAACUUUAUUGUCACUUUUGCUUUUAAUAUGUUUAGAUAGGUACGGUGGACAAAAGGAAAUGGUUAUUAUUUUCAUAUUUCUUUCUUCGUUAGUUCGUUAAGAUCUUUAUACAUAAAUAUUAAAACAUCUGGUAAUUGGUAACGUCUGGGUACUUGAGUUAGUAUUUUUUAUUUAGUCCCAAUAUGCUCUAUAUUUUUUUAGACUAAACAAAAUUUCUAUCUAUUUAAAAUAGUGAUUUUAUUUGCACAGUGAUAUUGUUUACAACAUGCCAGAUGAUAGGAGAAAUCAAUCAAAAAGUAACAAAGAUGACCCUAAGGAGCAAAGAAAACCUCGCCAAGGGCGACAAAAGAUUGGUGCAGCUAAUAAAAAGGCAGCCUUUGUUGAAAACAAAACAGCUCAUGUUGAGAAGACCGAAGGACAUAAAGUUACAGUGCCCCUCCAACCAACUUAUGAAGACCCCGGACCUGAAUUUUACAAAAACCUAAAACGAGAAACUGAUGAUAUUCUCAAAAUUACUGAAGAAGAAAAUUCUAAAUAUAAAAAAAAGGAAAUCCAAAGCAAUUGGUCAAAAUAUGAAAUGCCAAUUAAAAGUUAUGAUGAAUUAGAAGAAGAAAAUAUGGGUGCUGAUUAUGAGAAACUUGCAGAGACCCCCAUGUCUAUUGGAGGUCAUUUCCAAUUUAAACAUGAAAAAUCAUGGGAUGUAAACAUAGGACCAUCACUGUAUGACAAAUACUUUGAAAUAAACAUGAAUGACCUGGUUACUGCUCUCUCCACUGUGCCUUUUUAUGAAAGGAAUAGUAUAGAUAAAGACAUUUUUUCAUCUACUGAUAUAUUGACCAUGAAUAAUAAGGCCAUUAAGAAUAAGCAAAAGUAUUAUAAUGACAAAUCAUAUACAACUACAGAAUUGGAAGGACAAAAUAGAAUGCUUAAUAUUUUAAAAGAAGUUGUGUGUGAAAUAGAUGAUAAGAAAAAGAUUUCAAAAAACAUACAACUUGAGGAGAAAGAAGAUGCAGCACAAUAUGUGUCUCAGCAAUCAUCUAUAGAAAAAAAGCCCUCUAUAAUUGAAAAUCAUAUUAAAUUAGAAUCUGAAACAAAGCAUGACAUUAAUGAAAUAAAUACUCCAGCACUAAAAAGCUCAAAAGAAACUAAUACCAAUCAAAUAUUGAAGAAUACAGAUGAGCUAAUUUCAGAUGAUAUUGACAAUUUAAUAUCCAAUAAAGAUAUUGUAAAUACAGAUAUCCCUGAAAUUAAAUUAGAAUCUAAAAUACCUAAAGCUGACAACUGUUCUGCAAAUACCAAACAACCCAAGGAUUCGGUUAUUCAAUCUCCAGAAGAUUUAGAGAAAUGGCUUGAUGAUUUCCUAGAUGAAUAAAGUAAUAUGUUUUCAAUUAAAUUGUAACAUAUUUAUGAAAUAUAAUAAAA